GUGGCGGAGCCCUCGCGAGGAGCUGCUCACGACUCUGUCUCGUGUUGUGUAGCCUCUGGUGUGCGCUGCCAUAGCAGUCUUUUGUUUUAUUUCCAGUCCAGGCGGGAGAAGAUGGGCUGCUGCUUCAGUAAGGAGCUGAACCCCGGCCCGCAGAAUGAGAGGAGCAGCUUGUUACAGCCCCCGCUCCAGGAUGGGCUGGGUGGGGUGUCAGAGCAGGUCCGGCAGCACGCCGCGGCCGUAGCUCAGCAUGUGUGUCUGGAGGGAGAGGAGACCUGUGUGGAAGACGGACCGGCCCGGGGGAAGCCUCUGGAGGAGGAGGACAGACUUCAACAAGUGGACAACAAAGUUUGUACAAAGGCCAACAGCAGGGACAGCAGCACCCGGAAUGAGAGGGAUCUUAAACUGCCUGGCUCUCACGAGGAGAAGGAGGCUAUUAUUAUCACAUCCAGCACUAAUAUACAUACAAACAGGGACACAGAGGCAGGCGUGGAACACACUCCAAGGCUGAGCUGUGAGCCGGCUCCCUAUAUGGAGGUGCUCACACAGAGUCCGGUCAGACAGACGGUUCUGGAGAGUGCCAGAGCUUCAUGGGUCAGUCAGCUCCCAGAGGGGCAGAAGCAGCACAAACCAGCAUGGUGUUCGUCUGCUUCCACCAGGCGGCCCUCCGCAGACUUCCUGGGAACCGUCACAGGGAGGGAGGUGUCAGGUUCGUGUCAGGGGCCUCAGCAGGAUUCCACCAAAGCUGAGCAGGAAGAGGAAGUCGAGGACGUCUGUGUCGUCACAACGCUGUGUCAAGGUUCUCAGACCAGGACCCAGAGCUUCUACAGCAUAUGCUCCAUUGACACAGACGACCUUGAGCAUGACCAGGAUCCCAGCCAAACCCGAACAGCUGGAGCGGCACAUUCACCGCGCACAGCUGAAGCAGGAACAGCUGCUCUGCCCCACACUGGGGAGUCUCCAGUUCCCAGCCAGUCCAACAUGCAGGCAUCUACCGUCCAGACCUACGUCACCCAAUCUAAAACGACCUGCCAGUCACAUGAUGAGGAAGCAGCUUCAACACAGUCACAUGCUGCUGAACAGUGUUCCACCAGCCUGUCACUCACACACCCAGAGGAGCAGACCUCCUCACCUCAACCUGGUGCUGCUCCACGGCUGGCAGCAUCUCCGCCCGAACCGCUGCCCCCAUCCAGUCGUCACAUUACGGCUGAGGACCCUCAGGUGUCCGCCCCACCCAGCCCUCAGCCUCAAGAGCUUAAUUACCUGACAGCUACAAAGGCCACAGAAGAAUCCGAGGAUGACCUGUCGAGUGGAUGUGUGGAGGAGGAGGGUGAAUGUGUGGGGCCAUCAGAGGAGAUGAUGGUUACAGAGGAGUGUGUGUGUUCAGAGGACCACAGAGCAGCCCUGGGAGCUGUUAUGGCCACAGAGGAAAUGGUUGUCGACUCCCAGGGGAAAGGAUCAGCCCAGCGGGUGGAGCAUCAUCUGCAUGAGAAGCACGUCCAGAGUGAAGAACCAGCAGCUCAGUCUCCUGAGCUGGAUUCCCCCAGUCAGAUCCCCAGUUGUUUAACGUUUGACCUGUUGAACAAGGAGGAGAAUGAUGCUCUGCCUCUUUCUGGAGGAGACAUUGAAACGGAUAAUCCUUCCCUGCAGAGCCGGGCCAUCCCGGUGAGCAUCUGCUACAGCCACAGUGAGGAGGCUGAUGUUCUCCACAGCGACACAACAGACACAACUCUUACAGAGCUAACGUCAAUCUCCAACAACUCCGCCAUGUCCUCGCUGCCUGCUGAGCUCUCAGCCUUUUCCUAUCUCACAGAUUCCACACCUAAAAGCACAUCUCAGCAGGGUGACUCCACCACAUCUGAACAUGUCCAUGUUAAUUCAAAUGAUCCGGCUUCUGAACUGAGCAGCAUGCAGCUCUCUGGUCACCAGGCUGAACCUCCACAGACUGAAUCUGUGAAAUGUGACGUGCAGUUUGAUUACUGUGACGUACAGAGUGACAGCUCUGAAGUGAAAACUGAAGGUGAGGACGGGUUUGAGUCAGACGAGAAAUUCCAACUUGUCCUCGAGAGAAGACUCAAAGAACCUGAACCUGAAUCUAUUGAGACCUGCAAACCUGUCGAGGAAUGUGAUGUGACCGAGGUUUUAACUGAAACCGGCUCAAACCCCGAUCACCUAGAGGAGAGUGACGUGUUAACUGAUCUCUGUACAGCUGUAAACACAAGCAUCCUUCCUCAGGACCAAGAGGAGGCCGAGAGAUUUGAGGAUUCAAGUCCAAGUGGUCUCCCACAGCCUCCUCCUGCUGAGAGCGAGGUUUCUGUUGUCCCGUCCUCCACUUCACUUCCCUCUUCCUCGUCUCCGUGCACAUCUUCUGAGGGAGAUGAGCAGAGUCACAAAGUAGAUCCACUGGAGGAGGCUUCUAUGUAUGAGUGUGGGGGAGAGGAAGAAAUGGCAGCUGCACCGGUGACUCAGCUUCGCCCCCUCCCCACGUCGGCUGAGCAGGAAUCUGCAGAUAUGUUAGAGCAGCCGUCCCACAGUCCUCAACCUUCCUCUGAACUCCCAGAGAUAUUUCCCUCCAGUGGUGACUCUGACUGUGUGAACCCUCACGUUGAUGCUGGCCUGCUGCUCGAUGCUCCUAAAUGCUUAAGUCAAUCUGGAGACUCGACCAGUGAAAUUCAGCUGGAGGGAGUUAAUGGGAUGAAGAUGUCACUGGAGGAGGAAGCUGUUCCUGCUGAACCUCUGUGUGUUUCAGCAGCAGAGACGCCUGAGGUCCAUGCCGACUCCAGCAGCUGUGAGACGUACACGAUUCCUCAUGACAUCAGCUGUCAGGACAGAAGUUUGCUUCUGGACCACAGCGUGAUCCCAGUGGACCCUGGUCAGAUUGAUGCUUACGCCUCAACUCCGUCUUACCAGAUUCACUUCCAAGAUCAUGGACUGCCGUUGGCUGCUGAGGAGGGAGAGAGGGAAGGCGGGAUGAGGGAGAUGGUGUCUGAGCUGCUGGGAGAGGAAGCAGACUCGUCCCUCUGCAUCCUCUAUCCCCAACACUGGAUCAGACUGGGGGGGGAGGACAGCUAUGAGGGCUGGGCUCAGGGGCCGUCGGAGGCCAAGGGUGAGAACGAGGCCGGAACCGACACGGAGCAGAUCCCGGCCCUGGUCUCAGAGCUGCAGCCCUCCAUGGCUCUGCUCGGGGCGUACCCCUACAGCACCAUGAUGCCCCUGGGGCCCUGUGUGUGGGACUGGCACACAGAUUGCACUCAGGCUGAACACGUUGCUGCUCCGAGCCUUAACCCUGAUGCUGAGGUAUGGACCAAUCACAGCCAUGAGUUGGGCAUUAAUGGCUCCGCCUACCCUCAGCCAUGGCUGCAGGUCGCCAACGACGUGACCUAUCACGAAGCUUUCAUGCCGGAGUUCCAGCUGGAGAACAUGAGCCUGGUUGAUGCUGUCACUGAUCCCAGUUCACUGGAGUACCAGACACUGACUGGUGAAGCACCUACACUCAAUGGAGAGUCCAGUAUCCCAUCUGUUCCCGAUGAGGUCACAGAAGAGCUGAGGACAGUUCUGGAGUCAUGUCUGACCAGGGAGCACCUCUGCAGCGACCUGUACCUCACAUCUCAGAUGGACGGGGACCAGUAUGUUCCCAUCACAACUCUUGCCAGCCUCGACAAGAUCAAGAACCUCAGCACCGACCUGGACCUCAUCUCCGACAUCCUGAAAUCUCUGCCGCUCGUCCAGUUGGCUCCGUGUGGACAGAAGGUUCGGCCCAAACAGAGUCGAUGUGUUGUCAUCCUUCGUGAGAUCCCUGACACCACACCCCUCGAGGAGGUGGAGGCUCUCUUCCAUCAGGACGAUCUGCCCAAGUUCCUGAGCUGUGAGUUCGUGAGCAACGAUAACUGGUUCAUCACCUUCGAAUCGGAAGCUGAAGCUCAGCAGGUCUACAAGUACCUCAGAGAGGAGGUGCGGGUGUUUCAGGGAAAACCAUUAAUGGUCAGAAUAAAGGCCAAAUCCACAACAGUCCCGUCCUACGCUUCUAAAAAUGGCUACAGACACACCCAGGCAGAGCAGUGUGGGAACGCUUACGGCUCCUACUUCCCCACAACCACCUACGAGCUACCAGGGGGCCCCGUGACGGCUCCGCAGCUCUACGACUUUCCCAGUGAGAUGUGGGCCUCCGCUCUGUCAGGAUACCACAAACAUGACGAGCUUCCAUCAAUGAACGACCUCUUCAAUGGAUUUGCUCCGACUUCCAACUUCAAACCUCACAACCCACGCAGGCCGAGGAGAGCCUCGAGGUGGUCGACCUCUGGAGACCGUUGGCAGGCCACGCAGAAAGACGCGUCUGAGCAGAGAUCCUCGGAGAACUCCUCGUCCCCCGUGAAGUCAGGACGGUCCUGGUCACAUGGAAACUUGCGCCAUCAGAACAGAAGUGGACGGACGGAGUUCGGCAGGCAAGCUGCUCCAUCCACCUCCGAGCGGGGAAGGAGAGGGAACAGCCACAGGAGGAGGGACAACCCGAGGUCAUGGGACAAAUCUGGAAACACUCAUAAUCCACAGAGUCAGUCACCUCCUCGUCAGCCGUCUCCUCCUCUGGAGCUCGGGCUGAUGAGCUUCCCUCCUCUUCCUCCGGCAAAGAGCGGCAAAGCAACCGCACCUCCAGCUAACGGCGAGAGCAAGGGUCCAGUGGAAAGCAGCAGCUCGGUUUCAGGCGAGCCUCAGCCGCUCUCAGAGCCGAAUGUGAAGACGAGCGUGGAGACGACUAGCGAGGACAAACCUCCGGAGCUCUCACAGGAGCCAGUCACAGAGUUCAAAAGGCUAAGCUACGCCCAGAUCUGCCAGAAGAAAUCCAGCAGUGAGCCGAUCCCCGCCGAUGACCCUCUGCCCACGUGAGCAGAUCCUGAAGAGGCCACGCCCCCUGUUCCCAGCUCUGUUCCCACUGUGACCAGAUACCACGGAGCGAGAGAUCUCCAGGAUGGUUUUUCAAAUGUUGUAGUUUUUUGCAGCCCUGAUGAACACGGGGGGGGGCGGGGUCAAACUGGCUGCUGCUUUAGGACAGUGUUGACUUCUGUGUGUGUGUGGGGGGGGGGCACUCAACGUGUCAAAGCUACCUUUUCCAUUAUUAGACAGGAAACUGGGGAGAAUCUGUUGAUCUGCGACUUUACGUUUUAUUUCUUGGUUUGAGGAUAAGGUCAGUUUAUUCAUUUUGAUUUAUUCUGUUUCGCCGGCGCUUUGUUUUGUGUGUGAUGAUUUGUGGAUGAACAGGAACUUCUGAAGUGAUCCUGAACUUGUUUUUUUAUUUUUUAUUUCCACACGUUUGUGUUAUGCUUUGGUCUCCAGCACACACGAUACUUUACUCUGACCUCUGUUAGUUGUUCUCACUUCAGAAGUCUGCUCGUCACGAAGGUCCAGUGAGUAUUGUACUGAUCUUGAUCUUGAUCGUUAAGGGAUCAAAUUGAAAAUAUGUUCCUUUUGAAAAGCACUGAAUAUCAAACCUUUCUUUGUGCAUGAUUUUUAAAUUUCAUUUUAGAAUUUAAUUUGUCAUAUUUUUAUUUAUGUUUGACAGGAGUGCUUUGUCUCAUACGUGUGGACAAUGAUAUCCACUGGACUCAGAUUUAACACAGGUGUCGGUUACUAAACACUGUUUCAGUACAGAACUGGAUCUGUAUUUGAGAACUUGAAUUAGAUUGUAUUGAGUCCACUGUUUUUUCUUUUUGGAAGUAUGAACAUUUUAAAUGUAGGGCGGUUGAACGAGGGCAUUUGUGGCACGUUUCUUUGUCUGUACAGAUGUACAUAAUCAUUGAUUAUUAAAGAAGUGCCUUUUGAAG